AUGCCUCAGACUAAAAAUACAGGAAGUAACCUAGCAGGAAAUAAGGAUUUGAGUUGUCUACGUUGUCGAAAAAAGAAAGCAAAAUGCUCAAAGACUCGUCCGGCAUGUACUCGGUGUGCAAGAUCGAAUCAACUUUGUGAAUAUCCAGAUGCGCCCCCCAACCUUUCGGACCUGUCACAGAAAGUUCUUGGUCUGUAUGACACUCUUCGAAAGUUGGAGGAUACAUUUGUAACGCAGUACGGGUCUAAUUUACGGGACAACAAUGAACAAGAACCAGCCGGCUACAACAGCUCACGUGCUUCAAGCGAAAUGCCUAGCAUUGAAACAUUAUCAAUCCAUCAACCUGCUAAACGACUAAAGACUGCACCCACACCAACCUCAGCAUCAAUAAUAGACGAAGGUGCUCUUCCUGGCAAUUGGUCUAUGACGCUCACUUCCGAAGGCUUAACAUUACACGCUGUGACACGCAACAUUAUUGAAUUCACUUCAUUCGCAAAGGACUUCUCACAGCAACUACAAUACAACAACCAAACUGAUACCAAAUUAUGGGAAUGGUUUGAUGAUGAACCAGUAGACGACGACGAUGAUGAUCCUUUAGACGAAGACGAAUACUUGGUUACAGUCCCAGUGUACGCUACAGCGUCUCUUCUUCGAGAUCCAUCAAUUCCAAUUCACCUCGAUGAUACCAUAUCAAUCAAUGACUCGCUAUAUGAACAUGUCAGCCCGCAUGUCAGCAAAAUGUUCACACAUUUACAACAGGUGUAUGAAGCAUUGGAUGACGACGACUUUUCAUUCAACCAUAUUCACAUUGCAACCCUCCUAUUACAUAUGCGGCCAUUUGUUUCUCUUGAUGAGCAUGAUCCAAUGCCGCUUCUUGCACGGUUUUGCUUGUGUACCGCGUAUGCUGCAUCUACCAUUUAUUUACGACAUGGAGCAGAUGGUUCGCCGCUUGUUAAUGACUGCGUUACAUACGCCAGUGGGCUUUUAGUAGAAUUGAUACUACAAAGACAAACCGAGUUUCAUCCGAUAGUAAUUGGUGCAAUUCUCUUGACUUCAUUACAAAGGCCGAGAAUGAUACAUCUGGCGGCAAGAGCAUUAUGUGCUUCCUGUGAUUGGGACCCCAGAGACGAAAAGUGGCAACAAUUGGCAGCACUGGUCCUAUAUUUCGAAGCCCAUUCAUCGGCAUUUUACGAGUGGCAAGAUAUUGGAGAAGCAAGAAAUUGGCUUCUUCAAGCAGCUAGUCGGCUUUCAACUAGCAAAGACAAAACAUCGUCGGCUCUAGGACUUGAAGCACAGCUGAUGUGCCUUCUCAAGCAAGUUUUUGCACUCUUUUAUUGUCGGGAAUCAGGUGACAAUGAUAAUGGCAUGCGCAAAGUGGAUGUUGACGAUGUACUCAACCUCGUGCGCGAUAUUGAAAUAUGGGAGCAAAAGUUGCCACAAUGGAUGCAAUGGUCUUGUGCACAUAACGACACGGAUGAUGAGCGGAGUCUUCUUCUCAAAAUGCAUAUCCACAUGAUCCACAGCAUUGUCAAAAUAUUGUUGUUCCGACCCUUCUCGAUUCCUAUCGACCACGGCAAUGACGAGCUGCAAACGUACACACGUACCACCUUCCUUGAUCUUUCAAUGGCUUCAGUUGAUCGGUUAUCUACUUGUCUUUCUUAUCUCAACGCUGAUAACGAUUGGUGUCGUGCAGGGCGACGCUUGGGACUCGACGUGGUUUACCGCGUUCAACAAACAUUUCCUUGUGAUGAAGAAUUAAUACAUAAGCUUGAAGAAACCAAGAAACAAUUACAAUAA